AUGUCGCGACCCGCUCCGCGAACGAAGCUUCCAUUCCUGCAAAAUAUCGUAAAGAAAGCUGCAUCGAUGCCUACCACCACAUCUUCCUCAACGCCCUUCCGGCCGUAUCCGCUUCUUUCUUCACACGCAACCAAACAGACAGCCGGCUGUACAGUUCUCUACAAGAAUCACCAUUGCCUCAUUGUGAACGACGCCUUUCCCAAGUCAAUGAUGCACUGUCUAGUCAUGCCACUAGACCUAAGGCUCACAUCGUUGAAUGUAUUAAGCAUAGAGCAUGUCAGUUUACUCAAGCACAUGGAGCGGGCUGCGGUUGAGUAUGUGCAGUACCUGCGCACUAAUGAACCCUCAAAGUUUGGAGGGCGGCGCUAUAUCAUGGGUUUCCACGCGUUGCCCUCCCUACCAAUGCUGCACAUGCAUCUUCUCUCUAUGGAUUUAGACAGCCCAUGCUUAAAAACUAAAAAGCACUACAACAGCUUCGCGACCCCAUUUUUUCUGACAAGCGAUCAAGUUAUCUCGGACCUGGAGCAGAAUGGUGAAUUCACGCUGAAUAAGGAUGUUGCCGCGUUGCGGCGGAUGGAAGAACAAGAUAUGAGGUGUUUAUGGUGUGGUAAAGCGCUAGAAAAUAUUCCACGAAUGCGGAAUCAUAUUAAGGAAUGCCCUCAAAACAGGUCUUUUUCGAACUAA